AUGGUGACAUGCAACUCUGACAAUUCAGUUGGUGAUCGGCGAACCUUUGAAAGUGAUAGCGCAUGCAAGUAUAAUCAUUCCUAUCCAGAAGCUGAUGAAUGCAUGUAUAUCAUUCCGUCAUGUGGCAGCACAGAAUCUUCGUCAGUGCCAGAAUCUUCGUCCGAUGAAGGAGAUCAAAUAACUACAAGUGAAAGGCCAGGGCGCGGUUUAUUCUCUGUAGGAGAAGUUCAGACCCGCCGGGGUCGCAGUGUCAGUGAGACUUCCCGCACAUUUCAGCGAUUUCCUCUAGCUGAACAUCAGGCUGAACAUG